GAUGACAAUGCCCCAGUUUAGCGGGCUAGUAAAUUUCUCUCAGAGAACAUUGUUCGAAGCCCAAAUUAAAAGAACUGAAUCGGGCUACCACAGUUAAUCGAGUUUUGCUGGUUUCAUUUGAACUUCUUUUGGUCCUACAGUUUCUUGGGAUCUAUAUUGUUCAGAACUUCAAAUUCAAAUUAACUCAGUGCAGUUUGUGCGCGCAAUGGAGGUUCGGUACACGAAGCUCCAUGACAAAAUGGAGGUUCUGUACACGAAGCUCCAUGACAAGUACACCGAAGUCAAGACUAAGAAAUUAUCUGAUUUGGAACACCUUAACGAAGAACAACAGCUUAAAUUCAUCAAUUGCUUGUCCGCUGCAGAAGAGGUCAUAGAGCACUUGAAGACCGAGAAGGAAGAGCUUCUUGGACAAGUCAAUGAUUUGAGAGUCGAGCUCGCUUCACUAAGGGCUGCCAAAGACAACCAGUUAGCGGACUAUCAGAUGCUUUUGAUGGAGGAAAGCCACAAAAAUGAAGCUCUUUCUGAAGAAGUGGAGAAAUUGCAGCAGCUUUGCCAGGAAGGAGCAUCUCAAGAUUUAAAUAAUAGCAGAAGGAUCGUGGCUGUAGAUGAUCAGUUUAAGGCUAACUCUAACAGAUCAUAUGUAAGAAUGACUAGAAAACGUAUAAGACAGAAUGCUUUGAAGGACGAAGCAAGGUUUAUAUCUUUUGAAAAUGAUCAAGUUAAUUCUGUUGAGAGAGAAUCAAUGCACAAUGCCUGCAAGGAGACAGCAUCUGGUACGCUGUUAGAGUGCGGUAGCGAGGCUAAUGUUCUAUCAGGCCUUGAUUUACAGGAAACUGGCCAUGGUGACUGGCUUAUUCCAGUUCUUUUUGAAUAUGCACUGGGAAUGAAAUUUUCCACUUACUGUCAAACUGGACGGAUAUGCCUUUCUGCACUGCAUCUAUCAAGCGGCUACUCCUUCAGUUUAUCAUGGAUUUGCAAAGCCCCUGAAGAGGAAGCAGAGCUGAUGUACCAUGUUUUAUCUCUCGGUACAUUUGAAAGAGUGGCGCCAGAAUGGAUGAGAGAGGACAUUGUGUUCAGCCCUAGCAUGUGCUCCGUAUUCUUUGAAAGGAAUAGUAAGUUGUGCUGUACGAGUGAACUUGUUUCUCCCGAAACCCAUUUCAUAUGCCAUCUGCAAAAAGAAUUUGUAAAAGGUAUUUGGAAGAGCAUUUUUACAUGCUUCUUAAAAUUGUAAUUACCAGACAUUUAUUUGUUAAAAUUGUGAUUACAAGA